AUGUUGACCAGGGCUUUGUAUUUAUUCAUUUGGUCUGCGGCAUUUCUCAUCGAACUGCAGUGCGCUUCGCAAAAGACCCUAGACGGACUCACUUUGCCUACAUCCGUUCUUGUCAAUACCAGUGGCGAUGUCAGCAACAAAAAAGACUCCAGACUCAAGCGAAAGACCCUGUCCGUGGAUUUUGCCGUCCCCUCUCUGUUACGGUAUUAUAUGGCCAUGUUUAUAAAACGACCACUUAAUGGAGACUGUCUGACUUUUAAAGGAUGUUACACCGUGCGCGCAAAUUUACGAAUGCACUGCAUACCUCUGCAAAAAACUAUUGCUAGUUUACUUGAUACAAAGUUUGCCGCGAUCGACAGCAUUGAGGGGGAGAGGCAAAAUGGAUCCAGCACUGGACAGCUCCCAUAUCGACACAAGCGGCCGGUGUCCAAAGUUCUGAAUCUAGGGUUGACUAAAGCCAGUCGUAAAUCCAAUCAAGUUGUAGUAGAAAUUGGAGAGGAUAUGAUAAAAAUAGGAUGCGGAGGAUUAGCUGUUUACGAGGACGAACCUGUAUUGUACUUGGAAAUGGACCUAACGCGAAUUUUGGAAUGGUGGCUAGGCGCUGAAGGUGGCCGACUUAGGGUUCGACUCAUGCCUGAGCGGAAAGCUCAGAUUCCAGGAAAAGAGGACAAGUACUCCGCUGCCAUCAGAGCUGCAGACGCCCGCCUCUUCCUUCACAUCGCCUCAAGUGAUUUCCCCCCUGCAACCCGAAGUCGGGGGCUAACAAUCCCUCAGGGCUACUGGAACUUCUCCUGGACAGCAGAGGACGAGCUUGGUUUCCCCGAGGAGACAACACCGAUGUUGGACACACAUUGUCCGACCAAGGGGAAGUCGUGUGAUCGCCAACCUGAGGGUCAUCCAGAGUUUGCCUGGAGCCUAACUGCUGCAGAGGACUUCUGGCCUUACGACCAUGAGGGGCUGGAGAUGAAAGGAAGCAGUUAUCAGGGAUGGAAGGAAGGGCGGUUUGUUGUAGUGAAUGGCUCGGCAAUAGGAGGUCCUUGGAUCCUGAGUCCGUGGCUUCAUGGAGCUCGACGGCCCUGUGGACUGGACAUCACUGUGUUCCUGCAUCCUAGGCAGACUGGACGUUACACAGUUUGGCUCAUCGAGAGAGACAAACCACCCCUAGCUAUUCUCACCACUGAACCUCCCCACAUCUCAGGCUGGGCGGUGGUGCAUUUGAGCCUGGGAGCGCGGAGCAAACCUUUCCGCAUCUCCUCCACAUACAACCAGCCAGGUCACCAGGAGACGGCCACCUACGACCCCCUCUUCAUCACCAACUGCACCAUGGAGGUCUCACGAAACGUCACCCUGCAGGGACGUUACAACUGCUGGGAAGGCCCUGACAUUGCUUUGGGAAAGCUGUGCGACUUCAAGAUCGACUGCCCAUUCGGCGACGACGAGGGGGACUCAUGUGGUCAAUUCCUCAACGGCAGCUACUGCUCUUUUGAACAAAGUGAUUGUGGCUGGCAGGCAGUGCCUGGCAGAUCUCCCGCCUGGAGGGUCCAGCCAUCUCUGUCCAAGGGGAUCAGAACCAGCUGUCCACCCUCAGGUGGUGUAUUAGCUGUUGAAAGUGGACAGUCCAAAGGCCAAAAACUGUCAUCCCUGGUCCGAAGUCCUCUCUUCUUAUACCCACUGCGCAAUGCUCCGUGUUUGGUUCGGUUCUGGGUGUGUUCUGAAGAAUCUGCGGGUGGGCUCCUCUCUUUGUGGAUUGUGGAGAAUAGCACAGGGCCGGAAGGUCAGCGUCAAAUGUGGAACUCGACCAACCAAGUCAAGACGGAGAAAGGCUGGAAGCUUGUCUCCCUACCUCUAUAUGGACUUGUUGAUUCGUUUUAUCUGCAGCUCAAAGCAGAGAGUUUGUCUAGUAGUGGGUUUGCUUUUGCAGUUGACAACAUUACUCUACAGAUGGACUGCUUCCUGGCAACCAACGGAGAAUUUCCUCCUGUGGCCCCUCCGGUUCCCAAGAGCACCACACAGCUAGGAUACGAGACCACUGCCCCGCCAGAUGAUAUCUCAGGUGCCUUGCCUUUCCUUCCUACAGUUUCUGAGUCUCCAAAGUGGAUGUUUCACACCUGUGGGGCAGCAGGACCAAAAGGGCCAACCCCAAGGCAGUGCAGCAGCUCCUACCGUAACAGUAAUGUGAACGUUACUGUAGGCACAGAGGAACCAUUCAAGGGAAUUCAGAUGUGGAGGAUCCCAGAAACUGGAAUAUACAGGAUCACAGCCUACGGAGCGGCUGGGGGUCGUAGUGUUCUGGCUGUGGACCGAUCCCAUGGAGUUUACAUCACGGGGGACUUUUUACUGCAGAAGGAUGAGCUUCUCUACAUCUUGGUUGGCCAACAAGGAGAGAAUGCCUGCGCAAAUACUGUUCCAGAACUGGAGCGAAUCUGUCAAGCACAAAGACCUCCUAACAACAAGACUCAGAUCAAAGGUGGAGGUGGUGGUGGUGGAGGAGGAGCCACCUAUGUCUUUAAGGUGGAGAAAGGUGUCCACAUCCCACUGCUCAUCGCGGCAGGUGGUGGGGGACGGGGCUACAGUAGCAUGAUAGACAACCAAGAGGAGGUAAUGGAUGACCCUAGUGUUCCAGGACUCAACGGGAAAUCAGGAGCAGCAGGGGGAGGUGGUGGCUGGAAUGAUAGAGCCCCUGUCGCUCAGGGUGGGAAACCCCUUAUUUUGGGUGGCCAAGGUGGGCAACCAUGUAAAUCAGGCUGGAACACUCGAGGGGGCUUUGGAGGUGGAGGUGGAGGCUGCAUCAGUGGAGGGGGUGGGGGUGGCUACAGAGGAGGAAGCACCCCUUUAAAUGAUGACCCUAAGCAGAACGGAGAAGAUGGAUCAUCUUUUAUCAGCUCAGAUGGUAAAAUAUACCUGGAACCACUAAAAGGUAUGGAAGGCAAUGGAGAGGUGAUCAUUCACCCUGUACAGAACUGCAGUCACUGUGAGUCAGGGGAGUGCCAUGAGACUGGUGAUAGCAUCGUCUGCUACUGCGAUAAUGACCUCGUAUUGGACACAGAUGGAGUUUCCUGCGUUAACUCCACAGGGGUGUACCCGCUGCCAGCACAGCCCCCUCUCUCUCACCUAGCUCUGGGACUUUCAGUGGGCACAUCUGCUCUCAUUGCUGCUCUGCUCCUGGCUGUGUCUGCUGUCAUGAUCAUGUACAGACGGAAACAUACAGAACUUCAGUCCAUUCAGCUAGAGCUGCAGAGUCCUGACUGCAAGCUAAGCAAACUCAGAGCUUCAACAAUUAUGACAGACUACAAUCCUAACUACUGCUUUGCUGGGAAGACUGCCUCUGUCAAUGACCUGAAGGAAGUUCCCCGUCGAAACAUCUCUCUCACCAGGGGCUUAGGUCAUGGUGCCUUUGGAGAAGUAUAUGAAGGUCUUGCUGUAGGGAUACCUGGAGAGCCCAGCCCCAUGCAAGUGGCAGUCAAAACCCUUCCUGAGGUGUGCUCUGAGCAAGAUGAACUGGACUUCUUAAUGGAGGCACUUAUAAUUAGUAAGUUCAGCCAUCAGAACAUAGUGAGGUGCAUCGGUGUGAGUCUCCAAGCCCUGCCACGUUUCAUCCUUCUGGAGCUGAUGGCAGGAGGAGACCUGAAGAGCUUCCUUAGGGAAACCAGACCGAGGCUGGAACACCCUUCUAGUCUGACCAUGGUAGAUCUUCUCAACAUCGCCAGAGACAUCGCUCGGGGUUGUCAGUACUUGGAAGAGAAUCAGUUUAUUCACAGGGACAUUGCUGCUAGGAAUUGUCUGCUGACAUGUAAGGGUCCAGGGAGGGUGGCUAAGAUUGGAGACUUUGGAAUGGCCAGAGACAUAUAUAGGGCCAGUUAUUACAGAAAAGGGGGCCGUGCCAUGCUGCCAGUCAAGUGGAUGCCUCCUGAGGCUUUUAUGGAGGGAAUUUUCACCUCUAAGACUGAUACGUGGUCUUUUGGCAUUCUGCUGUGGGAGAUCUUCUCUCUGGGGUACAUGCCGUAUCCCAGCCGCAGUAACCAGGAGGUCCUGGAGUUUGUCACAAACGGGGGCAGGAUGGACCCUCCUAAAAACUGUCCAGGACCAGUGUAUCGCAUCAUGACACAGAGCUGGCAGCAUCAACCAGAGGACAGGCCAAACUUUUCCACCAUCCUGGAGAGGAUUGAUUUUUGCCUCCAGGACCCUGAUGUGGUGACUGUGCCCUUGCCUGUGGAGUAUGGUCCUGUUCCAGAGGAAGAGGAGAAGGUGCCCAUGAGACCCGAGGAUCCAGCUGCCCCAUCUCUCUUGGUGACUCCCCAGGCCUGUGAAGGAGGCAAGGCUGCCCAAGCAGCCUGCCCUGAAGAGGUCAAAAGAACGGGCGAAGCCGUUGUGCCCACCAGCCUUCCCUCAGAUAGCAAGCCAAAACCUGAAGUCUCCUCCCAACCACAGUUACACCCUCAUCCUAUUUUACAAACAACUGCUGUUUCCACACUGCCCACUAAAGCUCCUACAUCUGCUCCCUCGGUCACCCAGGACGGUGGCCACGUGAACCUGGGCUUUACACAGGCUCCUCCAGCCGAGAAGAAAGGCCGAAACGGGAAGCCCACCAACCUGUGGAACCCCACCUAUGGCUCCUGGUUCCUCCAGCAGCAGCAGAAGAGGCAGCAGGCCCAGCAGCAGCGGCAGGCGGGUGGGCACCGCGUCCCAGGCGAAGGCCAAGAACACACGGGUCGGACUGUGGCUGAGGCACUGGGCCUGCAACACCAGCACAAACAACAACAACAACAGCAGCAGCAGCAGCAACAACAACAACAACAGCAGCAGCAGCAGCAGCAGCAGUACCAGCAGCAACAGAUUCAGCAACAGAUCCAGCGUCACCAACAUCAGCAGCAGCAGGGCUUGUGUCGGCCACUUUUACCCCCACCUCCUCCGCCGGCCCCAACCCCGCUGCUGUUGGAUUCAGCCGCCCUUCCACCAGUGCCACUCUACAGACUGAGACGCUUCCCGUGCGGCAACAUCGGUUACGGUUACCAGGAACAGGGUCUGCCCCUUGAGUCAGCUCUACCUGUCUCUGGACCCCAGCCACAACCUCCGCCACCUCCGCCCAACCUCCCCGGCCCUCAGAGGCCGCUCUCCCUGGGUCGAGCUGGGGUCCCCGAAGACAGCCGCCCCCUCCUGGUCACCAUGAGCACAGUACAGGACUCCAGACUCCCCAAGAUGGAGGGGCAUAAUGCAACAGUGCUUUAGCCCACUUCUGUCAGUGUCCCCCU